AUGCAGUAUGUCAAUGGGCUGGAUAUAGCGUCCGAGACACUGGAACAGAUUGUCCAGAUGGACAGGGCCCCCGAUUGGGACCUGAUCCACCCUUCACCCGAGACCACAGUAUAUUCACGCGAGGAUCGUGCCGGUCAACUCAACUUCAAAAGUGUUGGUGAGCUUGAUUGUCCAGCCGAGAUCAUCUGGAACGUUCUCUAUCGGGGAGAACUAAUGGAGAAAUGGGAUAACUUUUGUGUUAGGUCCAAGACACUCCAACAGUUGGACCCACUCAACUUUAUAGACUUUAUGGCCUUUGCAUCACCACUUGGAGGCAUUAUUAGGAACUUUUGUUUGUUCAAGUCCUGCUCGAUGGACUUGUCAAACAGACGUUUCAUCAUAUCUUAUCGAUCGAUAUAUCAUAGGGACGCUGAGCGUGAGGUGGCAAUAGUGGCUAAUGGUACAACGGGCACGCUGUCCGAGGCACUGCCAUGUGGCUUCAUCAUUCAGGAGAUCAAGGAUACGGGAAGGUCAAGCGUAUCGUACAUCACACAGAUCAGUAACUCAAACCUGGAAGUCUUCUCUGAGGAGUCGCGAGAGUACAUCCGAGAACUAUAUCGCAAGUCUGGUCUGCAUUGCCUGCACCGAGUCAACUCACUUCGCAAGUUUAUGCAGCAGUGCGUGGAGCACACUCGCAACGAGGGCACACAGCUUAUCAAUCAGGAUCGAUUCUUCAUCUCUACGGCCUCGGUGCACCUGUUUAAGGCCGUGUCUGAGACCAUCGCUCAACUCGAGUCGGCAUCGGCCGCAUGGAACAUAUUUCACCAGGACAAGGACGAGGAGUUCUACUUCCGCGAGACUCCUGCCAAUGUGCGCACACGUCUUGGAGCCAUCACUGGCGAGCAUUUGUGUUUGGACGUGUUGGGAAGUGGCGUCAUCAAGAUCGACGCAACCCCCGAGGUCAUCGAGGCCUUUGUCAUGGCCACGGACGAGUCCAACGAUAUUCACUACCGCAUGGUCAAUCAACUCAGUGACCAAUCGUCCAUAGUUGAGAUCCACUCGCGGUCUCUACACCAGGCACUCAAAGACACACCUCACCUCCUUGUCAAGCAGAAGCAAGUACUACCCUACAACAUCACAUUCAUUGGUUUCCAAUCACUUGAUACACUGGCCAACUCGACUAAAGUGUGGAUCCAGCCAUCAGGAUACUACAUUGUACCACUGGCCAAAGGAAGUUGCUCACUUCGCUACCUCAUCAACACCACUCUCAAGUGUUCUGUCAAUGUGUCUGUCGAUAGUAUUGUUGAGACACUCUCUGGAAGGAUAAAGAAUACCAUUCAUUCAUUCCAUGAGGCCAUCGUCAGACAGAGUACACCAGAGGAUCCAAUGGUCGACACUAGUGUUGAUGACGAAGUAUUGGACCUAUUAUAUAACAUUGCCAUUGAUGAGGUUAACAGGAAUACUCACGACUCUAUCAAUCACAAGAGGAAGUACAAUGAUUUGGAAUCAAAUAACGAAGAGUCAUCUAUCCAAGCCAAUGACUUGUCACUCAGGUCUCCAUUACCAUUCACACCCAAUUGGGAACGAUUCAUCAAACGAAAGCGAUUCAUGUUGGUCAGGUCACAGGACAACAGUCUUUGCACUCCAUCAUUCUAUGCUGGCAUCACAUUCACUCUCCUUCCACAAGAGAUCAUCGAACAUAUAUUCUCCUAUCUCGACUCCCAAUCACUGGCACGCGUAUCAUCCACCUGUACCCUAUUCAAUCUAACGGGCAACAAGAACUUCCUCUGGCGCUCACUCUAUGACAACACCUAUAGCAAUAGUAGUAGUGGCAGUAGCGCGGCAAGUGACUUGGAGUGCUGGCGAAGAUUAUACAUGGACAGACAUUGUAUAUAUACCAAUUGGAGAGUGGCCAGGGCAAAGGUGACGGCGUUGUCUGGACACAAGACAAAGAUCACGGGCAUAUAUAUGGGACAGGACAUGGCCAUCACAGGCUCGCGUGACAAGGAGUUCCAGGUGUGGCACCUCAAGUCCAUGGCAUACAGCUCGAUUGCCAAACAAUCAAGUUGUAGUGUGAUCACAUUCGAGAGCGGUGCCAGUGAUCGUCGCUUUAUCCGCGCUGGACAUUCAAACGGACUCAUCUCGCACAUUGACCUCGAGCAUCGAUCAAUCUCAACUGAUCAGAGGUUCGUUUUCUUGGCCGAUGGCUUCAUUUUUGACAAUCACAAUGUAUACAUAUGGGAGACCAAUGCGGUCCAGCUCUGGGAUGGCGAGUACUCCACCCGCACCACAAAGGUGUCCCUCGACGCGCGGGCAAAGAUCAACCAGGCAAGACUGGGCAAGAACCCAAACACCCUUUUUACAUGCUGCCGCGACAAGACAGCCAAGAUGUGGGACUUGUCUGCGCAACCUUCAGCGCCGUCGAUCGUCCUGCAAGGACACACGACAGGUGUCAAUUGCAUUGACGUGUACGGCGAGUUCAAUAUCCUGACUGGCUCCAACGACCGCUCGAUACGCGUUUGGGACAUACGCAAGCCGUCCAGCGCGAUCACCGUGCUCAAGCCACCCAACAACACCUCUCCAAUCCGAUUCAUCAAGUCAGUUUCCAACGACCGGUUUGUCUCUGGUAGUGACAAGAUGUUACAUGUGUGGACCACUGGAGGCCAGGGCCAAGGCCAGGGACAGUCCACAACCAAUGAUCUUUUUUCUUCAAGUAUACUCGAUAAUGGCCACGUCAAUAACAUGUCGGCGAUGGCAGCCAACGACUCAAUGGUCAUCUCCAGCUUCAUUGAUGGAGUGGUCAAGCAUUACGAUUUCUCGCGACCUACUUGGCGUGCGCAACAAGCACCAACGCCAGCACCAGCCAUCCCAUAA